AUGACCAGCCUGGAAACCACCCUCAAGAAGUACGCUGCGGAGCGCGUAAAGCGUGUCGGGGCCGUCCGCGCCGAGGAGUACGCGAGCUUCCGCGACAACAGCGAGCUCCGGGACCUUUCCGUGGAUCCCUUCAUCGACUACGACAACUUGGAAAAGGGGCAACCACUGAAAGACGGAGACGACGUCAAGUUCCUCGCCAUAGGAGCCGGCAUCAGCUGUCUCCUCUUCGCCCACCGCCUCAUCAAGGCCGGAUUUCAGGCUCGGGACUUCGUUGCUGUCGACACGGCGGGUGGUUUUGGCGGGACGUGGUACUGGAACCGGUACCCCGGCGCGAUGUGCGACGUCGAGGGCUACGUCUAUCUCCCCUUGCUCGAGGAGACCGGCUACAUCCCGAAGCACAAGUACUCCCACGGCAGCGAGAUCCGCGCCCACCUCGAGACCAUCGCCUCGAACCUCGCCAUCCGCGGCAUGUUCGGCACCACCGUCACCUCCCAGGAGUGGGAUGCCAACGCAGGCCGCUGGGUCGUCUGCAUGAGCCAAAACAGAGGCCCCGGCAGAGCACCCCUCCCCCUCACCGUCCGCGCCCAGUACCUCCUCUCCGCCGGCGGCUUCCUCGUCUCCCCGCACCUCCCGAAACUCCCCGGGCUCGAGGACUUCCGUGAGAACAGGAACAAGCGCCUCAUGCACACCGCGCGCUGGGACUACGCCUACACCGGCGGCUCGCAGGAGAGACCUGAUCUUGUCAAGCUCAAGGAUAAAGUCGUCGGGGUCAUUGGCACCGGGGCCACCGCGAUCCAGGUCAUCCCUGAAGUCGCGAAGUGGGCGAAGAAACUCUACGUCUUCCAGCGCACGCCCACAUACGUCUCGGAGCGCGGCCAGCGGGAGACGGACGUGAAGACGUGGAAGGAGGAGGUCGCUAACAAGAAAGGAUGGCAGUAUGAGCGUAUGGACAACCUCAACCGUCAACUCACCAACGAUCCCCCGGAAAAGGACCUCUGCAACGACGGCUGGAGCGAGUGCCGCGCCUUCGCGGGCAUCAUCGGCUCACCGAGACCCUACGCCGCGUCGGAGGAGGACGCCCUCGCCGAGCUAAACCUCGCGGAGCGGCUGAAGCCGUGGUACGGUGUCUGGUGCAAGCGUCCCGCCUUCCACGAGUCCUACCUCUCCACCUUCAACCUCCCCAACGUCGAGCUCGUCGACACGGACGGGCGGGGGAUCGAGGGGUACACCUCGCGCGGCGUGCUCGCCCCCGGCGGCCGGGAGAUCGAGCUCGACCUCCUGAUCCUCGCGACGGGGUUCCGGAGCGUGACGGCGGGCGACGGGUCGCCGGCGGGCCAGACGGGCGCGCGGUUCACGGGGCGGGGCGGGCGGGACGUGAGCGAGAAGUGGAACGGGAGCGAGGCGGGCUCGCUGUUCGGGGUCGCGACGAGCGGGUUCCCGAAUUUGUUCUUUGCGGCGUUUUCGAAUAUCGGGACGUCGCCGAAUAUCACCUCCGUAUACGUCAACGCGGCGGACGUCGUUGCGCAUGUCAUCUCGACGGCGAGCCGGGAGGCUGCGGAUCCGGGGAAGGUUGUGAUCGAGGUCGCGAGGGAGGCGGAGGAGAGGUAUGUUGGGCAGAUGGUGGAGCGCGUGGGAUGGACGGCGCUGUCGAGGGCUUGUACGCCCGGGUGGUUUACCGGGAACGCGAAGUUGUUGGAGGAGGGGAUGGGGGUGUCGAAUUUGGUCUGGGGCACGGGGAUUAUUGAUUUCAGGAGGAUGUUGGAUCGGUGGAUGGGGGAGGGGAAGUUGGAGGGAUUUGUGGUUAUGGAGGCGUCUUAG